AUGUUGUUCUGUCCUUGUUGUGGAAAUUUAUUGUUAAUUCAACAUCAUACGCAGGGUGAACAAUCAUUUUUUUGUCAAACUUGUCCUUACGUUUUUCCGAUAAGUGGUCGAGAGUAUAAGAAUCGAACAACCUUAAAACGAAAGGAAGUUGAUGAUGUCCUUGGUGGUGAAGAGGAGUGGAAAAACGUUGAUUCAACUGAUGCAACUUGUCCAAAAUGUGAACACCCGCGAGCGUAUUUUAUGCAAAUCCAAACUCGUUCGGCCGAUGAACCCAUGUCAAUAUUUUAUAAAUGUUGCAACCACGAAUGUCAACAUCAAUGGAAUGAGAAAUGA